UUCUUCUCUUCGCUCUCCCAACUUCAACCGGUCAUCUUUCUCUCUCUAGCUCUUUGCCAAGUAAGUCCUCCAGUCCUCAUAGUCUUUUAAUUCUUCCAUCUUUCCAUUUUUGCCCGGUAGGCUGAGGUCAUGUCUUCUGAUAGCCAAAACAUAUCUGGCGAAUCCUAUGGAUCAGGCUCUCAGCCCUCUUCCUCUGACCAAUCUGACUCUGCUUCUCCCCCUGUCACUCCUUUAAUUCGCCGCCCCUCUCACCAGUCUAGCUCUCAGCCCUGGGAAAUAGUCACCCAGGAGCCUGUCCCUUUGAACCAACUGCCCAGUCGGUUCAAUCCCAAGGUCCUCAGCUGGGACCAAUGGGAAGAGCGAUUGGGAUCGCUGGGUUACCUAGCCCUUGACUCAGGACCGGUCUUCAAGGAGUCCUCUAAGGUUACAAAAAAGGUCCUGGCCGAAGUCCGUUCUGUUCUUCCACCGGGCUACAAACUUCUUUCAAAAACCACCUGGCCCAACAUUAUAGAACCCCACCAGGGUAACCGGUUAGGUUUUCACGUUGCUUCUUUAGAGGGAGGCAUUAUCUUUCCCCUUCGCCCCCUCCUCGUAGAAAUCUGUAAUAAGAUCAAUCUUUUGCCCAGCCAGCUUACUCCAAAUGCUCACCGGUUCUUGGAUUUUUUUGUAAAUAUUUGUGAAUCUCUAAAAAUCAAACCUUCCUUGGACCUCUUCCUUCAUAUGUAUGAUGUCUUGCUCGGGACUAGUAACUGCCCGGGCUUUGUUUACUUCCAUUCCCGUGCCAACUCUAAGGGUUUUUUGACCGGUCUCCCCCCUAGCCACAAGAAAUGGAAGCAAAGAUUUGUUUUCAUUGAAUUCCCCUCUGACCAAUUUCCACUCUCUAACCGUGAGUGGGCUGACCGGGUUAUAAAACCUGAAAGGGUUCACCCGGAGCCCACUAAAGAGCUAGAGGACGCCUGCGAGAAACUUCUCAAGGGUGAUCCUGUGACCGGUAAGCCAUACGCCUAUGGUGGAUGGGUAUACCGGUUACCUAACCCGGAUGGGGGUGUGAUGUCCACCAUCAUCGAAGAUGACGACGAUGAUGUUGAAGUCCAUGCCAACCAGUCUUCUUCCAGGCUUCCUUCUCCCCCUCACAUCCCCAAAAUGGAAGAUGCCCCAAGUGCCCGGUGCACCCCUAUCCAUGAGCUCAUACACAGCCAGAAACUGAAAUCCCCUUCAGCCACCCAUCUCUCUGAAAGUGACCGGGUGACUUCUCCAAAGAAGGAUGUCAAAGCCAAAGGAAAAGAGACCGGUCAUUCUUCCUCCCACAAGAAGGCUCAAAAAAGGAAGGGUUCCCACAAGACUUCCAGAGGGGAAAGGAAGAAGAAGGUCAGGCUAUCAGAUCUGGAGGGGGAGUCCAUUGAAGAAACAUUUCUGUCCUUGGCCAAGAAACUUAGCAAGGUUGGAGUCAUAUCUGAAGAAGUUGGCCGGUCAAUCCUUGAACCAAAGGACCAGGUCUCCGAGCUCACCCUCCUCCUUGACUCCGCUAAGUUAGAGAUCAAUGACCGGGUUGAGAGGGAGAAGAAGCUGGAGGAAGAGCUGAUGGCUGAAAGGGCCAGGUUAGAGGAGGAAAGGGCCAAGUUGGCGGAGGAAAAGAGGAAGGUGGCUGAGCUGGAGGAAGCUUUGGGGCAGGCCGAAGAAUCUGCCCGGGCAAAAGAGGAAGCCUUCCCUACAAAAGCUGCAGACUGGGCUGCUUGCCAUCACUCGGAAGUCGCCCGGUCCAUUCUCACUUCACCGGUGGCAACAAUGGACUUCUUCAAGGUCAUGUACCAAGAGCCUGAGGGGAAGAGAAUGAUCACAGAUGUAGGGUCUUAUGGGUUUCAAUGCGGCCAAAAAGAAGAAAGGUCCCUCCUUUAUAAAAGGCUCUAUAAGAGAGAUCCUUCAUUUGACCCGGCCAAGUUGAAGCUUCCAGCCCUAUACAAGGAAGAGCCAACCCCCUUUUUCCCGUUAAAGUAGGUUAGGGUAGUUUUUGAAGAAACUCUGAAUUUUCCC